GUUACUAUAGAAUCGAUAAAGGAGUCCAGAAUGGAAGCCAGUCAUAAACAGCUUAUUUAUCUUGUUAAUACUCAUUUGCUCAGUUUAUUUGCGACACACAAAAAAUCAUAUUAAAGUUUCGCUUGCAGAUGAUCAAUGUUGGAAGAAUGGUAUUGUCGUUCAAUUGCAAACAACAAUGCAGAUGCAGAAGAUGAUGAUGAUGAUAGCCCAGAAGAAGAUGUGCCUAAUUAUAAAGAUCAAUAUCGAAAUCUUAAAAGAAAGUUAAAAUUUUUAAUCUAUGAAAAUGAAUGUUUUCAAGAAGCUUUACGGUCUACACAAAGGAAAUUACUUAAAGUAAAUAGGGACAAAAGUUUUUUAUUGGAUCGAUUAUUACAAUAUGAGAAGGUAGAUGCUUCGUUCAGUGAAAGUGAUGAAACAGAAUCAUCUGAUGAAGAAGUUACUCGACUUGACACUUCAAAAAGAAAAAAGAUAGAAAUGGGUAUUAGUAAUCAUACACCUCAUCAUAUUCCAACAGUAACAAAACCUCUCAACACAAGUAAAAAGAAAAAACCCACUCCAAAAGUAACAAAAUCAAACAACACACCUAUAGUACAAUCGUCAAACAAUGUAGUACCACUGUCUUUAAUGUCAGAUGGUCACAUGACACCAGAAGAAGUCGAAAGACAUCUAGAGUCUCGGCAGACUUAUUUAGAAUUAGUACCAGAGAAAGCACCACCUACUGUUCCAACUGAAAUGUUCAGCAAUGAUCCUUCAUUAGAUAGUGAAUCUAACGAGAUUGGAGAAUUAGAAACAUCGCCGAGUAAUAUGGGUGAAGAUUGUCCCAGUGUGGAUAUGAUGGCUGAAUGACAAAUGUUUAUUUAUAAUUUAGUGAAUAAUUUCAAAUUGCACAUAUUUAAGUA